UCCCAAAAAACGCCUCAGGGUUCUCAGACUAAGGUCUCUAGAGUCUAGUGACUCGACUCUAGUCCCUUCACCGACAGACCCGAGCCCUAGAAAGCCAAUAGAAGCCGGUCUAGUCGCUCUAGUCCCUUCGCUAAGCUCGCUAUUCCGGACCCAAGAACUACUGCAAAUGGCAAUGUCUCAGUCUGCAACACUUUUGCCUCCACCAAUUCCCUCUUGGGCGCGCUCUUUGACCACCCAAGUCCCCUGCAAUCUCCCCAAUGGAGAACAGGCCGACCCUGGCUGCAGUGUGAAUAGCUGCACCCCGGAUAAUUGGUGGACAAGGAUCGCAACUGCCAUUGGCCUCUUCGCAUUGCCGAACAAUAUUACUCCGGGCGCCACAAGUCUGGGCAGCCCAGGCUUCGCCACACUUGCUAGACCAGUGUCUUCCACCGGAGUGCCAAUGCCAUAUGUCUUGGAUGAUAAUCUUACUCGGUGGAUAGCGACCGUUGCUAAGCCAAAUGGCUGCGAAAAUGGAGGUUAUCCGUGGUGUGCAUACGUCUCCGAUUGGAGGAGAUGCGUUUCUGUCACUCUCCUGAGGGGCCGACAUCGUGUGAUGAAGCUCCUGGGAGUCAUUUUCUCCCUGAAUGCGAUAGCUAUCACCAUGCUAGGGCCACGAGAUGCUCCACCAAUGGAUCCGGCCCGGUAUAGGUCCAGGACGGAGGAAGGAGUAUAUAAAGGGGGCCAACGAUCUCGCAAUUCACUCCCACUGAGCACCUCAUCUUCGCUUCUCAAGCUACUCCAGCAUAUCUAACAUCACUAUGCUCUCCAAGCUUCCUCUCCUCGCGGCCUUCAUGCCGACCGCUCUCGCCUGCUUGGGUUACGAGGGCGGCGUGCCUAAGGCGACGGCCACUCACUCCAACAGC